AUGACAAGAGUCAAACGGGGCAGCUUUCCGGCGGCCUUCCUGUCCCUGACGCCCGAGGACAGGGGGGUGAUGGAACGGGCGGCAUCGAUCAUGAAAAUCCCCCUGGAUGAAGUCACUCAACUCAUAGCCGGACCUUCCCACGUUGGCCAGGGGACAUCGCUCGGACAACGACCGGGCAGUUUUGAGCCUCCCCAGCGUCCGUUGAGCGAGAAUCAUGACAUUGAGAAUGAUACUAGUAGCCAUGACGAUGAGCAACCGAAUGACGACGACAACAGAGACAGCGGGUCGGAUGGGGAAAUCUCGGUGUGGCGGUCUUCUGCUGCCGAGUUCAAUAAUAUCGAUGAUGGCAUCACCAAAGAGUACGAAUAUGUGGACCCUUGGGGCGAUGAUUUCCCAAUCCUCGCUGCAAAUACCGCUGCCACGCAAGGUCAGGCAAUAGAAUCCAACACUCGGACCUCAGCCGCGGCGUUGUACGGGCUAUCGAUUCAGCCCCCGUGGAGCCUUGCUGGGGCGGACACGCCAUACGUUCCCUCCCUCGUGAGCCACUUCACAACCCCUAGUACAACUGUAACAACACCUGCGUUUUCAAGCGAUACAGCCCCCGUUACUCAACAGCAGUCCUGGGAAGUCAUAGAGAAACCCCAGACGUCUCAGCUCCCGCCACCAUCAUUUGGGUGGUCCACAGUGGGUGGUUAUCUUGGGUCCACGGUACCAAGUCCCAGCCCUGGCAAUGAAGAUACUUCCGGCGACGCCCUCCGCUUCGUAUCAAUGCACCCAUUGCAGCCACAAACAUCCCAACGUGUUCAGCGGCGCGGACCCUUCCAGGACCGCAAACGACAGGAAGAAACCAGCAGGACGAGGGGACUCAAAGCAUGCGUUCGAUGCCGCAUGCAGAGGAUUCGAAAGGUCCAUUCUUUGCCUUGCCUUCGGUAUCGACUCACUGAGUGCACACUCUACAGGACUGGAAAAGCCCCUGGUCUUGAGUUCACCUUCCGCUGGCCCGUGAUGAAGCUCAAAGACAUAUCGGAAUGGGAGUCCCAGAACUUGAGGACAGUACUCGUCAAGUCAGAUGUCUGCGAAGUUCCCCUCAAGCUCGUUGUCCGCAGAUUCAUCCCGAUUCCUCACAAGGACUCAAUCCAUCGGUCCUGGGUGGACCAUCGGAAUGGCGUCAAAAAGUUCAAAAAGACUACGCCAUACGCCGUCGUCAACAUGAAGAAUGCUGUACAGGAUAUGAGGGACUGCGCAAGAAUCACGGCGGAAAACUACCACAAUGCCCGCAAACACGGCCUUCUGCGAAGAUACGCGAUUCCGAACUUCAUUGCCGACCAGCACCAUAGCGCAAACGUGUUCCUUUCACACUAUCACUACCGAACCGAGUCCUCCAACCCGUUCAAACAGGAUUGGAAAAGGCGGCAUCAGACGCCAUUUUCCUACAUGUCCGUAGAUGACAUCCAGUUCCUGGAGCGAACUAAGGUGUUGCUGGAAGAGCGAGGUAACGACGUAGUAAAGACGAACAGGGACAAUGAUCUCUACGAACACGAGCUGUACUUUCUCUCUCAGAUGUUUGAGGACAACUGGCAGCCGAGGGACACCGCGAUUGAUCACACGGAGGGUACGGUCAAUAACGUAGGGCUGAAGAAGUAUGCGGGAGACGAAGAAGGUGGGAAGCGAUGA